AUGGCGGAACCGGAGUUUAUGCAGAUGGGCAAGGCAUUUGUUGGUUUCUACUAUCCCGAAUUCUCAAAGGACCGAUCGGCAAAUGGUCAACUUGCCUCUGUUUACACUGACCAGAGCUGUUUGACCUUCGAAGGAGCGCAAUUCCAAGGAAAGGCGCCAAUUUUGGAAAAACUUUCAUCCCUACCCUUCAAGCAAGUAGUCCAUCAAGUGACCACAAUUGACGCCCAGCCGAUCAUUGGCGUCGACGACAACAAGUUGAGAAUGUCUGCGUAUGAUCCAGUGGAAAACCAAGCUGCAGAGCUUGACUUGCUUUAUAUGACGUACGGAAUCUCCACUGCGGCUGUUCUAGGAAUCGCUUUCACUGGCACUAUCGGCACUUUUGGUCUGACAGCGGGAAGAAUGAAGUUAUUACCUCGUGUUAUUCUCUCUCCAACGCUAGGAAUCACCUCGGCAAUGGGAAUCUCAUCGUUUAUGUUCGACCGAAGGAUAAAGCAAGAUAUCGCCAGUGGAAAGUUUUUGGUGGAGUUUCCCGAAUGCACAGUUAAAUACAUAACGCUUAUUAACUACGACCAGACUCUAUCAGAGGAACAGAAGAGGAAGAAGAUCGACGACUUUAUCAUUAGUAUCCAAGAACACAUGGAAGAUAGAAAGAUCGAAGAGCAAUUCCCGAUAACAGAUGCUAUCCAAAAUGAGCUAGAUCUGAAAAAGGACAGUUAA